AUUUUGGAACAGAGACGUACUAUAAAUUAAGAUCUCGGCAGCCAGAAUCAAUUCCAAAGCAGCACGGCAACAUCACAAACUCUAUCAAUGGGGUCGCAACUGAGCUCCUCACGAGUCAAGGAGUGUCGUCCGAUUGCCACCUCCUCCACAGCAGCAGCUUCAGAAGAAACAAGGACACAUGUGAUGAAGAUCGACGGCUACUCAAAGCUCAAGCAGCUGUUCAAGAGCGGCCACUACACGACCUCUAUCCCUUUCAGUGUGGGAGGCCACGAUUGGGUCGUCAAGUACUACCCAAACUCUUCGAGGCAAGCAGCCGGCUACGUCCCUGGUUACAUGUCCCUCUACCUCGUUCUUGCCUCGGCUGGUGCAGGAGAUGUGAGAGCGAAAGCCCGGUUCAGCCUGCUUGACAAGGAUGGGGAGCCGGUGGCGUCGUGCAGCCAUGAAGUCCCAGAACAUACAUUCAGAGGCAAAGAUUCAGGUUGGGGUGUCGCUAACUUUGUGAAGCAAGAGGAUUUGGAGGGGUCGGCGCAUCUGAGAGGCGAUAGUUUCAGGAUCAGGUGCGAUAUCACCGUUGUGGCGUGGAUCCGUAGCAAAGAAACGAAGGGAAAGAAGUGUUAG